AUGCUUUCAAAACUUUUCAUUUCUCUUUGUGUGGUGGCUGUUGUCGUUGCCAAGAAAGGAAACAAUACCCAAGGAGGUCAUGGUGGACCUGGAGGUCCAGGAGGCCCAGGAGGACACGGAGGACACGGAGGACAACCACCACCACCAUUCCUUCAGAAUGUCACUGAUGAUGCUCGUAAGGCAUUCUUCGACAUUGUCAUCAACGGAAAUCUCACUCAAGCUCAAAUUGAUACCGAAACAUCUGCCUGGGCAAGCACAUAUGGAGUCUUGGACAUUUACAACGAAUUUCAACAAAACAAAACAGCUUUCGAUGCUGAAAUCAGGACAAAUAUCACUUCAGUAAUUGGAAACUUGGCUAACGUCAACACUCAAUUGAACUCCAUCUUCAGUAACAAGGAUCAAACACAUGAUCAAGUCAAGACUGCCAUUGACGGUGUUCGUCAAAACUAUCCAGUUGAAGUUGAUACUCUCAUGCAUUUGGCUCAUCCAGGACCACCACAUGGUGGGCCAGGAGGACCAGGAGGACCAGGAGGAAGAGGAGGAAGAGGAGGACAUGGUGGACCUGGAGGAAAUGACUCUAGCAAUAGCACUGCAAGUACCAAGACCUCCAAGAAGAACAAGAAGAACUCUUCCUCUCGUUAAUUUUUGUGUGAAUUUGGAAGUCCUUGAAAUUGAAAAUCAUGUCUUGAUAUGAUAACCUUCGAAUAAAU